AUGAUAUGCAAUGAGACGUAUAAACCGACACCGUUUCGGAAUAGACUUGGGCGUAGAACGUAUUCAUCAAUACGCUGUUCACGUCAAACUCAGCGGACGCAAUUAGAAACUAUCGACAAUCGAAGUUUAAAUGAACAACACGAACAAUGCUUACGUCAAAGUUAUCAAACAAUUAGUGAAGAGUGUGAUUUAACCGAUCAAUUUUCCGUAAAUCAAAAUAAUGAACGGCGUGAUGCUACUAGUACUGGCUCCUGUAUUUUUGUACGAGGAUCUACACAGCUACGUGAUUCACGUCGUAAAACAGCAGAACAAUGGCAAACCAGGAAACACUCUUUAGUAAAUGAUGAUAAUUGUGUGGAAGAAGUACGACACGGUCAAAAAGUUAAAUUUUCGCUUGCCAUUAAUAAUAGAUCAUUUCUUCGAAAGCUGAAUAAUACCGUAGAAAAUAAAAAAAGUCUCCGGAUUUCCGCAACCAAACAUCUUGAAUAUAGUCGAGCUCAUCUCUUACCGUCACUUUUUUCAUCAUCUACAAUCAAUUCGAAAUCAAAAAGCUGCAAUUCUGAAUCAAAUUUCGACUUUUUAUACCAUUCCGAUUCAUCGUAUCCGAUUAAUUCUUAUAUUAAAUCGAAGGAAUUGCAUUUAAAAUCUGCUGGUUUACAUGAAAUCGAUGUAAAUACAUGUGCGGAAAAUCAAAUUUCAUUCAAUAAAGAGGUAAGUUAA